CACCUCAUGUUAAUUGUUGGGAGAUAAUUAAAUCAGACAAUUCGAUUGUCAUUAAAUCAAUUCUGUGCUUACGUGACUUUUACUGGGGAAUAGAAGACAAACUAAGAGUGAGACCCUCUCUCUCUCUUUUUCUCUCUCUUUUCUCUUUUCUAUUCAAGUUUAAUUUUCCAUUUUUCUGUUGAGUUUAUUUUCUCAUCUCCAACUAAUAACAUUCUAAUUUCCACCAAGUUAAUUUCUUUUUAAUUUAAUUACAAUUACCUUUGAUUGUUAAUUGUUCGCCUUUUCAUUUAAUUAGUUAAUUAAUUGAAACAAGAAACAAAUUGUUUUCUUUUUAAAUUUGUGUUUAUCUUAUUAGUGUUUCCAUCUUGAAGUAAAAACAAUGACUCGUAAAGGACAAUCUUUCAAUAAUCUACUGGCCACUUUGGAGAUCGCUGGUCAAACUUACCAAUACUACGAUUUGACUAAAUUAGACCAAGAGAAAUACAGAAAACUUCCCUUUUCCAUUAGAAUUCUUCUUGAAUCUGCAAUUCGAUCUUGUGAUGGAUUCCAGGUUAAAGAGAAAGACGUUGACAUUAUCCUUAAUUGGGAAAUUAAUCAAUCGGAAAGUAUCGAGAUUCCUUUUAAUCCCUCAAGGGUAAUUCUUCAAGAUUUAACCGGUGUACCCGCUGUUGUUGAUUUCGCUGCAAUGAGAGAUGCCUUUCAACGUCUCGGUGGUAAUCCAGAGAAAGUUAAUCCUCUCUGUCCAACUGAUUUGGUCAUCGAUCACUCGGUCCAAGUUGAUUAUUCUAGAACUAUUUUAAACAUGAUGAGAUUUGGAACCGGGAAAUUUAAUGGCAAAGACUCAACCCAAACUCCAGAACUUUGUGAUGAUUGUCAGAAAACUGGUAAAUGCAUGUUGGCAGGAAAUUAUAUCAACAACAGUUCAAUUCCGGUUCGAUCGACAUCCAAUGGAAAAUCAACCAAUCCAAUAAUUAACGAUAUCGAAAGUUGGAUACCCCAUAGUUUCGACAAACUUCGUCAAGACUCUUGUCCCUUUCACCGACAACAAACCUUAGGAGCUGAUUCUCUUCAUCGUAAUCAAGAUAUUGAAUUCCAACGGAACCGGGAACGAUUCCAGUUUCUUAAAUGGGGAUCUAAGGCCUUACAUAACAUGACCACUGUGCCCCCAGGCUCUGGUAUCUGUCAUCAAGUUAACCUUGAAUAUCUUGCCAGGGUUGUUUUCAAUUCUGAGGGAUUACUUUUCCCUGACUCACUGGUUGGUGCAGAUUCACAUACAACUAUGAUCAACGGCCUUGGAAUUGUCGGCUGGGGUGUCGGGGGUAUUGAGGCCGAAGCGGUCAUGUUGGGUCAAUCAAUUAGCAUGGUUUUACCUCAAGUAGUUGGGUACAAAUUGGUUGGUAAAUUACCUUCACUUGCAACAUCCACUGAUUUAGUUUUAACCAUAACCAAGCAUCUUCGUCAAGUUGGGGUUGUUGGUAAAUUCGUUGAGUUUUUUGGUUCAGGAGUUGAUGAAUUGUCGAUAGCUGAUCGAGCAACAAUCGCGAAUAUGUGUCCAGAAUAUGGUGCGACCAUUGGAUUCUUUCCUGUUGACGAAAAGGCGAUCGCUUACCUGGAGCAAACAGGUAGAAGUGAAGAGCGAAUCAGAUACAUUUCCGCUUAUUUGAAGGCAGUUAAACUUUUCCGAGAUUAUCAAGAUUCAUCGGAAGAUCCAGUUUUCUCUGAAGUUUAUGAGCUUGACCUUUCAACCAUUACACCGUCAACAAGUGGUCCCAAACGACCUCAAGAUCGAGUUGCCGUUUCUGAUAUGAAGAAUGAUUUUCUUCAAUGUUUAUCAAAUAAACCAGGUUUCAAAGGUUUCGGUAUCUCAGCUGAAUCAUUGGAUGAUAAAUCAUCAUUUUUCUUUGAUGGUCAAGAGUAUGUUCUAGGCCAUGGGUCAGUGGUCAUCGCGGCUAUAACUAGUUGUACCAACACCUCUAAUCCAUCAGUUAUGUUGGGAGCCGGACUUUUGGCCAAGAAAGCGGUUGAAAAAGGUCUUACAGUUGCUCCAUACAUAAAGACUAGUAUGUCACCGGGAUCGGGAGUGGUCACUUAUUACCUUAAAGAAUCUGGAGUUGCAGUUUUCCUUGAGAAAUUAGGUUUCGAUAUUGUCGGCUAUGGAUGCAUGACCUGUAUCGGUAAUAGUGGACCUUUACCCGAUCCAGUUGUUGAGGCAAUUGACCGAAAAAAUUUGGUAGUUGCUUCUGUCCUUUCGGGUAAUCGUAACUUUGAAGGUCGUGUCCAUCCAAAUACUCGAGCCAAUUAUCUUGCCUCACCUUUACUGGUUGUCGCUUAUGCGUUAGCGGGCUCAGUUGUUAUCGAUUUUGAAACAACACCCUUAGGUAAAGAUCAAUCUGGUAACAAUGUUUAUCUACGAGAUAUUUGGCCUUCACGAGAAGAGAUUCAAAAUAUCGAGCAAAGUUAUGUUAUUCCUGCAAUGUUCAGAGAGGUUUACUCAAAGGUCACUCAAGGAAAUGACCGUUGGAACAGCUUGGAAGUCAACGAAUCAAUCUCAUACCAAUGGGAUCCCGAAUCGACUUACAUCAAAUGUCCACCAUUUUUUGAAAAUAUGACCGUUGAUUUACCUCCGGUUAAGCCCAUAAACAACUCUCGUGCUUUACUUUAUCUUGGAGAUUCGGUGACCACAGAUCACAUCAGUCCUGCCGGUUCCAUAGCUCGAAACAGUCCAACUGCUAAAUACUUAAUGGACAAAGGAGUUGAACCAAAAGAUUUUAACUCGUAUGGAUCGCGACGAGGUAACGACGCAGUUAUGGUUCGAGCGACUUUCGCAAACAUUAGACUUGUUAAUAAAUUAGUUUCCAAGCCUGGAUCUAGAACACUCCAUAUCCCAACUCGAGAAGAGUUAUCCGUUUAUGAUGCAGCCGAAAGAUACAAACAAGAGGGAACUCCGUUAAUUGUCCUCGCUGGACGCGAUUAUGGUUGUGGUUCCUCGGAUUGGGCAGCCAAAGGUCCACUUCUUCAGGGCAUAAGGGCAGUGAUCGCUGAAAGCUACGAGCGUAUCCAUCGAAGUAAUCUCAUUGGAAUGGGAAUUAUGCCCUUACAAUUUAUCGCAGGUCAAAGUGGCCCAAGUCUUGGACUCACAGGCCAUGAAACAUUUAACAUCGAAAUUCCCGAAUCAUUAGCAAUCAGACAAAAGACUAAAGUUACCGUUCAAGGUAAUGAUCAAGUUAAAGAGUUCGAUGUUCUCAUCCGAUUCGAUACUGAGGUUGAAUUGCAAUAUUAUCUUAAUGGUGGAAUUUUACAAUUUAUGUUACGACGAUUAUUGAAACAAUCGUAAUUCCAAAAUUGAGUUUAAUGAUCGUUUCGUAUAAACGAUUUUUAUAUAACAUUCAAUUACUAAAUUAACUUGGUUCUUGUUGGAAAAGGAUUUAAUCUUAUUACAAAGGAAAUCUAAUGGAGAAAAGAAAAUUAUUUCUACAUUUAUCUUGACAAUUAAGACAAAAAUGAAAAUCUAUUUACUUUUAAAAUUAA